UUCGAAGUAUCUGGAAACUUUUCAUCCCCCCCCCUUUAUAAAAAAACUCAAGACUCGUUUUUAUUCUUUCUUCUCUUACUUAAAAAAAUCUCCUCACCUGAAUCUUUUUCGUCUGUGAGACGUCGUCGUCAUUGUCACCUGAAUCGCCGGAGAACUUAUCGUCGUCGUCACUCUCCUGAAAAUUCUGAUCGGUGGAGAUCGUCUGAUUUGAAUGUUCGUUAUCUUAUAUUAUAGUAUGAGAUUAUAAAAUUUAUCUCUCCUGUUUUACGUUUCUGUGAUUAGAUUUGAGAUCCUUCUUCGUUCUUUGGAUGUUUUUUUUUUUUUUUUGGUAAAUGUGUGGUUGAAUGAUUUGAUCUCGUAAACUCUGAUUGUGUUCUGUAUCUGUUUUCUUAGAACGAAAUUGGAAGAUUUCGAGAAAAAAGAAGAAGAAACCAAAAUCCUUAGUCUAAACCCUUUGAAUUGACCUAAAGCAGACUUCUUUGAAUUGAACCAUACCAAUGACCAUGAGGUAGUCUUUUGAGUUUGGCAGGGUUUCUUGAGGGAAUCUUUUAAUAUAGCUGUGGAGGGGCUUUUAGUGUACUGUUUCAGGAGAGUGAAAAGGUCAGGUUUUAUCCAUGGAAAUGAAGUAUGUUGGUCAUUGAGCAAAACCCUUCUUCUUGUUGAUCUAUUGCAAAAAAAAAAAAUCUCGAUUCCUCUUUAUCAUCUGAGCCUCGCUACCCUUUGUGUGGGUUUUAUCUUUGGACAUUAUGCAAUCUUGAUUCAACGGCGUUUCCCUUUCUUUGAUUUGGCCAAGAGUGCUCUUUGUUUUGUCAUCUAUCUCAUCUGAGUGUCCUCCUCAUAGUCAGUUUUGAAGAAGGCGGCCUGAUUGCUCACUUUUUUUUAGUCUGCUUAUCUCAGCUAUGGUCUCCAUAGUGAGUUUCCUUAGAGCAUAUUCCAUGAUGAAGUUUUUGCUCUCCCUCAAGCAUGCUGUAGUAGAAUAUUAUCGGUAAGGGCGUCAAAAGAUUUGUAUUCCAAGACAGGCCAGCUUUAAAGAUGGGGCUUCGAUAAACUAAGAGCACUCUUCAGGCUUUCAUUUCCUUAGAAUUUUCCGAUCCGUAUGUUGACUGAAGAAACUUGGUUCAGAAUGGCACCGGGAGGUUGGGCAUAUCUGGUUUAUACUGGAUAUAUUUCAAGGACUGAAGUGAGCACUCAGUGUGCUUAACUUUUAUUUCUAUAUGAAGGCUCCAACUACCAAGAGGGCUGUGUUUAGUUGUUUAACAGGAUACUUGUAGAUCUUUUUGUUUUGGUGAUUCUUCCUUUUGGAGAAAAGCUGAUUUGGAGCCGUUUCAAAUUUGGAUUGGUGUGCUGCAAAUGUAGAUGGAAGCAACAGUUCAUCGAUAUGUUUGCUGGAUUUUCAGGUGACAGAUAAUGUUUAUGAGAUGAGGAAUAUAUCUUCUAAAUCUUUUCGAACUUGCAGGUUUCAUAAGCUUUCCAUCAGCUAGCAGUGUCUGCCAUUUUUACUGACUGAUACUACGUAAUGGGAGAUGUGUAUGUCAACUUCCCUCAGCAACCACAGAAGUCUGACCGAGAAAAGGGUGAGAUGUCAAGAAAUCUGCACCCUCAUUCAAUCAAUGAAGAAUCUGAAUCGUCAACUCUGGAAAGGGUAGCGGCAGAGUCAUUAAUAAACGAAGUUCUUGGUAGAGGACUAAUGGAGCAUGGAAGAAGGUGUUGCAUUAGAGCUCCUUGCUGUAAUGAGAUCUUUGGUUGCCAUCAUUGUCAUAAUGAGGCAAAGAAUAGUAUAAACGUAGAUCAGAAACAGAGACAUGAUAUUCCUCGACACCAAGUUAGACAGGUUAUUUGCUUACUCUGUGGCACUGAACAAGAGGUUGGCCAAGUUUGUAUGCACUGCGGAGUGUGCAUGGGGAAGUACUUCUGUGAAGUCUGCAAGCUCUACGAUGAUGAUACGUCUAAACAACAGUAUCAUUGUGACGGGUGUGGAAUUUGCAGAAUCGGUGGACGUGAAAAUUUCUUCCACUGUUACAAGUGUGGCUGUUGUUAUUCAAUCCUCCUCAAGAACAGUCACCCUUGUGUUGAAGGAGCAAUGCAUCAUGAUUGCCCCAUAUGCUUUGAGUUUCUUUUUGAAUCAAGGAACGAUGUGACCGUUUUACCAUGUGGACACACAAUCCAUCAGAAAUGCUUGGAGGAAAUGAGAGAUCAUUACCAAUACGCGUGUCCACUUUGCUCAAAAUCUGUAUGUGACAUGUCAAAGGUGUGGGAGAAAUUUGACAUGGAGAUUGCGGCUACACCGAUGCCAGAACCAUACCAAAACAGAAUGGUUCAGAUUCUAUGCAACGACUGUGGGAAAAAAUCAGAGGUACUGUACCAUGUGGUGGCUCAGAAAUGCCCAGACUGCAAAUCAUACAACACUCGCCAAACCAGAGGUUGAAUCAGAUGCAAUCAAGGAGAAAAAAUAGUGUGUCAUUGGCUCCUUUUACCUGAAGACUUAUCUCUCGAGUUCAUCCUCUCUCUCUUUUUCUUCAGUAUUCUCAGUGGUCUAUGUCUCCUUCGUGCCCUGUAGUAGUCUGCUUUAGUUUCCAUGUUAUAAUACGUCUCCUCUACCCAACGUUGAGUUUUAUAAUUCUAUCGGCUUUGUUAAAUAGUUUCAUGUUAAUCUGAUAAACCCCAAAUCAGAACUUAGUGGGAACAAUUUGUACCAUCAUCAUUUUUAUCAGCUGUGAUUAUUCUGUCCAGUGUAUGAAUAAAAUCCACUCCUGAUUAGGAGAAUGAUUUAGGCA